UUGUAAUCCUGUGGAAGCCUAUCCAAACAGUCCCAUAAACAAUACCUCACUGAAGGAGGGACUUCUCAGCGCCUGCGUAGGUGAGUGAAUGAGUAAGUGCCUACUUCACAGUUACUUGGAGCCUGGGACUACACUUCCACUUAUUCCUCCGGAUUUUCAAAUUGGUAUUUGCAAGAAGGAAAACAAUCACGCAGACCUCACGCGCACUCGAUUCGCUUCAGACGCCAUGCAGAAUCCCGUGUACUGGGUCGUCCUGGCUGGAAUAUCCAUCGCUUUGAUUCAACAAGGUCUGCCUGUCCGCAGUCAGGGAGAAUCCCAAUCCGAUUCAAAACAGAUGGACAAUAUCACCAUCAGACAAGGAGAGACGCUCUUCCUCAGUUGCUCACAAGGGGACUUUGUGACACACACAGCGUGGCUGAACAAAACGAAAUGCAAUAUCGCACAUAAGUUAUACCGACCACUUUUAUGGUGCGCUUUUGUCACUUUUAGAGCUUGA